AAACCCUAAUUUUCCCUAGCCUCGUCGCCAUAUUCCAUGAUUCGACCCUACUUCACCAAUUCCACUCUCUUAUAAAUCUCUCCCCAAACUAUUUUCUUUCUUCACUCUCUCUCUCUUUCAGCCGUAAAACCCUUCGUCGUUAGGGUUUUGCAGCUUCUCUUUCUCUCUCCUCCUUAAACCCUAAUUUCAUCUCAAAAUGGGCAAGUCUAGCAAGAAAUCCGCCUCCAAAGUCGAUGCUGCUCCAGUUGCAGUCGUUCAAUCUGGAAAGAAAGCUAAGAGAGCAGCAGAAGAUGAGAUUGAGAAGGCAGUGAAUGCGAAAAAGCAGAAGGUUCAGAGAGAUGAGGUUGUUGUAGCGCAGCAAAAGGCAGAGAAGAAGAAGCCUAAGAAGGUUGAAAGCAGUAGCUCUGAAGAAGAUUCAGAUGAUUCUUCUGAUGAAGAGACUAAGGUUGCUGUGAAAAAGACACAACCAAUCAAGAAAACCCCUGCUGUGGUCAAGACAACCAAGAAGGAUAGCAGCUCAGAGGAAGAUUCUUCUGAUAGCGAUUCUUCUGAUAGUGAUGCUACUCCGGCACCAAAGAAACAACCUGUUGCCGCUGCGAAAAAUGGUACUAAGAAAGAUGAUUCUACUGAUAGUGAUUCUUCAGAGGAAGAGGAUGAACCUAAACCUGUUGCUCAGAUUAAAAACGUACCUGCUGCAGCAAAGAACGGUUCUCUUCCCUCAAAGAAGGAUGAUUCAAGUGAUGAUAGCUCUUCUGAUGAAAGUGAAUCUGAGGAUGAAAAGAAAGCAGCUCCUGCUAAAGCUCCUGUUAGUGCGAAAAAACCAGCAGAGGAUUCUGACAGUGAAGAGGAUAGCGAUGAAGACAGCUCAGAUGAGAGUGAUGAUGAGCCGGCUGCCAAGAAGAAUGAGGGUACAGCAGCAGUCAACGGUGCAAAAGUAGCUAAGAAAGCUAGCAGUAGUGAAGAGGACAGUUCAGAAGAUAUUUCUGAUGAUGAGGAGCCUCCAAAGGCAAAGCAAGCGGCAAAGGCACAAAUAUCCAAAAAAAGCAGUGGCUCAGAUGAUUCUUCUGAUGAAGAGAGUGAUGAUGACAGUGAUGAAGAGAAGCCAAUGAAGACCCCAAAGAAGGACAAGGAUGUAGAAAUGGUUGACGCUGAGGCAACCAAGAAAUCUGCUUUAAAAACUCCUCAAACUCCUGCUACUCCUGAAACUACAGGAUCAAAGACACUGUUUGUUGGAAAUCUUUCGUUUGAUGUUGAAGAUACUGAUGUGCGGGAAUUCUUCAAGAGCGCAGGAGAAGUUGUCGACGUUAGAUUUGCCAGUGAUCCUGAUGGUAGAUUUAGAGGUUAUGGCCAUGUUGAAUUCGAAACACAUGAGGCUGCCAAGAAGGCUCUAGAAUUGAAUGGCCAAGAUUUAUUAAAUCGUGCUGUGAGGCUUGACUUAGCUCGUGAAAGAGGUGCAUACACUCCUAACACCAGAGAAAAUAACUCAUUCCAGAAGGGAGGUGGCCAGGGCACUAGCUUGUUUGUCAGGGGGUUCGAUAAAUAUGGCGAUGAGGAUGAGACAAGGAGUGGCUUGCAAGAGCUCUUUGGCCCAUGUGGAGAGAUUACAAGGAUAUCUAUCCCACCAGAUCGUGAAAAUAAUUGUCUUAAAGGUAUGGCUUUUAUUGAUUUCUCCGACAGUAAUGGAUUAAAUAAAGCAAUUGAGCUAAAUGGGUCUGAAUUUGGAGGCUCUUACUUGACUGUCAACGAAAGUAAGCCAAGAGAAAGCAGUGGUGGUUUUGGUAGUGGUGGUAGAAGUGGUGGUAGAGGUGGAAGAGGUGGAAGAGAUGGUGGUGGUAGAUUUGGUAGUGGUGGUGGUGGUAGAUUUGGUGGUGGUGGUGGUGGUAGAUUUGGUGGUGGUGGUCGCAGUUCUGGAGGUGGUCGUGGUCGAGGACGUGGUGGACCUAGCAAGUUUGGCAUGGCUGCUGCCUCAGGAAAGAAGACUACAUUUGAUGAUUAGUGUAUGCAAAUGGUGGAUAUCAUAUUUUGCGGGAUGUAAUACGUUGGUACUUGCAUCUUUGCACUAUUCAGAAUUUCGCCAUGAUAUUGGUUCAAUGUUUGGUUUAGUUUGUGCCUAAGUGUAGUGUGUAUUUAGGCAGAAAUUUUGUUCUAGAGACUACAACAGUGUAAUAGUAUGGAUGUUUCUAUCUGAUUAUGGUUUUUUCGCAAAACUUAUAGGGAUAUAAUUGUCCUUUAAAGGAAUCUGUUUGUUAUUA